AUGGACUAUUAUACUGAAGUACAAUUUGAGGAACAGUUUGAUUCUCAAAUAUCUGAUACUGUAGGCCAACAAGAUUCAUUUUCCAAGAUAGCUGAGAACUUGAAUAAUCUGAACAAUGAUAAACUUAUAGAACCAAUUAAGAAACGAAGAAAUCUAGAAGAUAUAUAUACAAACCAAAUAUCCAGACUAUGUACAGUAUUUGAAAGAAAUUUUAAGGUUCUAAGCUUUGAAGAUAUAACUAAAAUUCAAAAAUCUCUUAUUGAAGAGGCAAUGGAAAUUUUGGGAACUUCUGAAUGUGCAUCAUUCUUUCUCCUAUUUUGUACUAGAUGGGAAUUGGAUAGUUUAACACAGGAGUGGUUUUUGGAUCAAGAUAAAGUAUUAGAAAAAUUUGAUAUAUCAAAAGUCGACGCUUUUGAUAAUGGUCCAUUUAGUGAUAUAACUAUUUCAGAUGAGUCUGUUACUAGUAGAGAGUUCUAUUGUAAUAUAAUAGCAGAUACUGUAAAAUAUAAUGAGACAUUUUCCUUAAAAUGUGGACAUAGAUACUCUAAAAUUUGCUGGAAAUCAUAUUUAGAAAUAUCUCUGAAAGAAGGAAUAUCCUGUAUUUUUAAUUUGAGGUGUAUAGGCUGUAAUUUCCUUAUUCCAAGAGAAGUUUGGAAAAUGUUUUUAAGUGAAAGUGAUAUGAUUACAUUUGAUAAAUUUUGUAUACGUAGCUUUGUGGAUUAUAAGAGAGCACCAAUUAAAUGGUGUCCUGGAAUCGACUGCAACUUUGCAUUGGAAUUAAUAUCAAGUGCAUUUGGAUCAUGUGAUGUUAAAUGUAACUGUGGUGUUGAAUUUUGUAUUUAUUGUAGUAAUGAACCACAUUGGCCAAUUCCCUGUAAAAUUAUUGCAAAGUGGAAUGAGAAGAACAAAGGAGAAGCUGACAAUAUAUCUUGGAUUUUAGACAAUACUAAAUUAUGCCCUAAAUGCAAGCAAUAUAUUGAAAAAAAUCAAGGUUGUGUUCAUAUGAAGUGUCGUUGUAAAUUUGAAUUUUGUUGGCUAUGUUUAGGUGAUUGGAGUAAGCAUAGCAAUGUAGAUGUUUAUAAAUGCAAUAUCUUUGAAUUAAGAACAAUAAAAAAAGGAGAAAAAGAUAAUUUACAUGAUAAUUCUAUAGAACGUUAUGUACACUACUUUGAAAGAUAUAGAGUUCACUUACAGGGUCAGAAAGCAGCUGAACUUUUUUUAGAUAGUGAAAUACCAAUAUAUACUGAGAAACUUAAUAUCAACUUUUCUGAUCCUCUAUCUGGGGAGUUUCUCAAGAAUGCAGUACUUCAAACUAUUCAGGGUAGAAGGUUAAUUAAAUGGACCUAUGCUUAUGGGUACUUUGCAUUGUGGAAAGAUGAGAAGACUAAGAGUUUGUUUGAGUAUCAUCAAGGACAAUUGGAGAAGACUCUUAAUAUUCUACAAGAUAUGGUUAGUACAUUUGGUACUUAUUAUACGGGAAUGAAUGAAGAUAUUCCUAAGAAAACUGAGAACUCUGAUUUUCUUCAAAGCUUUUUAGACUACAAAACAAGACUUGUAGAUUUAACAAGGGUUGUUAGAUCUUUCUUUAAUACAGUGUCCCAUGCACUUGAAUAUGAUUUCGUAUACAAUAUACAAGAAUAA